CUCCAAUCCCAGGCAGAGACCCGAAAACAGGUCCCAAACCUUGAGCAGGAGAGGCAGGCCAAGGUGGUGGGCCAGCUGAAGGCCGCAGAGGCUCGAAACCGUAUCCGCCUGAUGAGAUUCCGCUUCCAGUGCAUGAGAGCUCAGGAACUGAACAAUCUCAUCUCCUGCCAACCCACUGCCCGGGAUGCCAUUAGGCUGGAAGUUUUCCUGCCACCUAGGACACAGACGCAGACACUCGUGACUCGUUACGGCGAAUUCAGAGGGAACGUGUAGAGAAUCUCUUAGAGGACGACCAAGGGCUGCUAACUAAUCGUAUCCCAUGA